AGAUGUGCUGGGUCAGGAGAGGCAGAUUCCUUUCUCAAUGGAAAAAAACAUUGCUUUUAGCUUUUUACUCCUCUUUUUAUGUGUAGGAUUUUCAGUCUCUGUGGAUCAAAUGUUUGUAAGAAUGGAUGGAAGUUCACAUGCAUUUUCAUACCAAGAGCUGCCCCAAAGAAAUGACCGACGUUAUGAGGGUGGUGUGAAGCCAAAACGUAACUUAAAACAAGUAGCAAUUACACAGGUGGUCAGUUACAACUUGAGUAGAAAAGGACAAUCAGAAAGAGACUCUUGGAGGACAUUGCCACACAGCCCUGUGAAUGUCACCAUUAAUGGAAGUCCCUGCAUUCUUUUCUGGGCAAGGAGGAUAAUGAUUAAAUUUAAAAACCAUACACAGCUGGACUUGACAGAGAAGACAUUUGGUGUACGUGCAACCGUGGAUGUUGGAGAUUCCAACUGCAGUGAAGACAGUGCAAUGCUUUCACUUAAGUUUGGUGACAUGGACAACCUCAAGGGGCUUGUUAUUAGAUUUUUAUUGACAAACAGUUAUUACAAGCUGUCUGUUCAGAACUGGUUUAGUUUAUACAGAAUACAGCUGCUUUACAACCAUUCUGUGCAAGCAACAUUUAACACAACCAGAAUAUAUGCUCCAGCAAGUUAUUCCUAUCACUGUGAACAUGUGAGCAGCUUGCAGAGGUAUGAUGCACUCCUGAUGCCCAGCUCCGCAAACGAUGUGUCCAGGCUCUGGGAAGUCACGUUUAUCGAUUUCCAGAUUCAAGGCUUUAACGUAGAAGGAGGACAGUUUGCUUAUGCCAAAGAUUGUGCAUCCUUUUUUUCACCAGCAAUUCUGAUGGGCUUGAUUAUGUCACUGAUUCUGCUUCUAGUCCUGGCCUAUGCUCUCCAUAUGUUGAUCCACCUGAAGUCUCUUGAUAGGCAUUAUGAAAGCAAAGCCUCUCCUGCCUAUUUUGCACAAAUGAAAGACCGUGACAUGGCAGAUGAAAAAGAACCACUGAGAAGCAAUGGAAAUGAGUCCUAUGAACUUAGAAGUCAACAGUUUUGUAAAGUCUAUAUUUAGAAGAGUGUGUCUCAUUCAGGCUAUUGGUAUUUUCUUUCCGCUAUUCUGUGCUGUUUAGUUGUACAGUAGCUAAAAGUGUUCAAAUGAUUUAUUUGAUCAAAGAAUAAAUAAAUAUAUCAGACUGCUUGUUUA